AUGGUUGUGUAAGCGAAGCAACGCUGGAAAACGAAGUGAUAGAGCCGGGUACUUGAGAAUAUAAGAAUAAUAACAUUUUAUCGAGAAUAUUGAAGAAUAUUAAUAAUAUUGUGUGCGUGUGUGUGCGCGCGCGCGCGUGUGUUACACAUAUAUAUAACGAUAUUAUAUAAUCAUAUAUAUAAUCCAUUUUGGUAGCAACGUGGUUAUUGACACUUGUCAUUCUCCCUAAGUGACACUUUAAUUCUUUUUUUAAUUAUUUGCGCAAUGUUUAUAUACAAAACAACCAGAAAGCCUGCGUCCUUCUUUUCUUUGUAGUGGCUAGGAAAGUCAGAAAAGAUACGCUCCAUAAAGAGGAAGCAGACUAACAGCGAUAGUUUUUCAACGCCACUUUGCAUUGCGGUGGAGAGAGCAUAAUACACUGGCUUUUCUUCAGUGCAUGAAAUGGCACCUUAAACGCUUCCUGGGCUGCUGUUUUCAGUGAAUCCAGCCUUUGGCGAUGUAAUAUGACGACUCAAGAAGAAGAGGAUUCAGUUUUUUCACAUAAAAUAUAUAAGAAUGACCCAAUUUUAUUUAAUAGCUAUGUCGGGAAAGAUAGUAAGAUAACAAUGAAAGACGAAGAUUCUCACUGCGGUAUCGUUUAUACGAUCGACCCAGUAUCCGACAGUGUUGUACUUCUGCAACCUAAAGAAGCUGCAAAAUACAAUUUGAAAAUAAUAUCUGGUCAUUCAAUAAAAAGUAUUGAAGUAAUAUCUGAAACGGACAGGAAUGUGCCCGAUUUAUUUCUACUGUCUUCCACGAAAGUUUCUCAAGAAAAGGUUACUGAAAGGAAAAAUACCAUCAAACAAUUAUUGUUGGAGAAGCGAUUUCCAAUUAGGGAAGAGGGCGAUGUUCUAAAAAUUGAAGAUAGUGUAGUGAUAGAACCUCCAUAUUUUCCAGAAAAUUGCACAUGUGCUAACAGUAUCAUUUUUAAUAGAAUAAAAAGUAUUUUAACUUGUAUAAAUAACUAAAUAAAAUAUAUAUUGUAUUUCAC